ACGGCUCAGUCCCUACAUAUUUAUGCCGCGUUUCCAGCCGCUGGGUGAGGAGCUACUUAGCGCCGCGGCUCCUCCGAGGGGCGGCCGGGCAGCGAGCAGCGGCCGAGCGGACGGGCUCAUGAUGCCUCAGAUCUGAUCCGCAUCUAACAGGCUGGCAAUGAAGAUACCCAGAGAAUAGUUCACAUCUAUCAUGCGUCACUUCUAGACACAGCCACCAGACGCAUCUCCUCCCCUUUCUGCCUGACCUUAGGGACACAUCCCACCGCCUCUCUUGACGUCUGCCUGGUCAACCAUCACUUCCUUAGAGAAUAAGGAGAGAGGCGGACGCAGGAAAUCAUGCCACCGACGGGCCACCAGCCAUGAGUGGGUGACGCUGAGCUGACGUCAAAGACAGAGAGGGCUGAAGCCUUGUCAGCACCUGUCACCCCGGCUCCUGCUCUCGGUGUGGCCUGAAGCCUGGAUCCUCCUGGUGAAAUCAUCUUGGCCUGAUAGCAUUGUGAGGUCUUCAGACAGGACCCCUCGGAAGCUAGUUACCAUGGAGGAUCACAUGUUCGGUGUUCAGCAAAUCCAGCCCAAUGUCAUUUCUGUUCGUCUCUUCAAGCGCAAAGUUGGGGGCCUGGGAUUCCUGGUGAAGGAGCGGGUCAGUAAGCCGCCCGUGAUUAUCUCUGACCUGAUUCGUGGGGGCGCCGCAGAGCAGAGUGGCCUCAUCCAGGCCGGAGACAUCAUUCUUGCGGUCAACGGCCGGCCCUUGGUGGACCUGAGCUAUGACAGCGCCCUGGAGGUACUCAGAGGCAUUGCCUCCGAGACCCACGUGGUCCUCAUUCUGAGGGGUCCUGAAGGUUUCACCACGCACCUGGAGACCACCUUUACAGGUGAUGGGACCCCCAAGACCAUCCGGGUGACACAGCCCCUGGGUCCCCCCACCAAAGCCGUGGAUCUGUCCCACCAGCCAUCGGCCGGCAAAGAACAGCCGCUGGCAGUGGAUGGGGCCUCGGGUCCCGGGAAUGGGCCUCAGCAUGCCUACGAUGACGGGCAGGAGGCUGGCUCACUCCCCCAUGCCAACGGCCUGGCCCCCAGGCCCCCAGGCCAGGACCCUGCGAAGAAAGCAACCAGAGUCAGCCUCCAAGGCAGAGGGGAGAACAAUGAACUGCUCAAGGAGAUAGAGCCUGUGCUGAGCCUUCUCACCAGUGGGAGCAGAGGGGUCAAGGGAGGGGCACCUGCCAAGGCAGAGAUGAAAGAUAUGGGAAUCCAGGUGGACAGAGAUUUGGACGGCAAGUCACACAAACCUCUGCCCCUCGCCGUGGAGAAUGACCGAGUCUUCAAUGACCUAUGGGGGAAGGGCAAUGUGCCUGUCGUCCUCAACAACCCAUAUUCAGAGAAGGAGCAGCCCCCUGCCUCAGGAAAACAGUCCCCCACAAAGAAUGGCAGCCCCUCCAAGUGUCCACGCUUCCUCAAGGUCAAGAACUGGGAGACUGAGGUGGUUCUCACUGACACCCUCCACCUUAAGAGCACAUUGGAAACGGGAUGCACUGAGUACAUCUGCAUGGGCUCCAUCAUGCAUCCUUCUCAGCAUGCAAGGAGGCCUGAAGAUGUCCGCACAAAAGAACAGCUCUUCCCUCUCGCCAAAGAGUUUAUUGAUCAAUACUAUUCAUCAAUUAAAAGAUUUGGCUCCAAAGCCCACAUGGAAAGGCUGGAAGAGGUGAACAAAGAGAUCGAAACCACUAGCACCUACCAGCUCAAGGACACAGAGCUCAUCUAUGGGGCCAAGCACGCCUGGCGGAAUGCCUCGCGCUGUGUGGGCAGGAUCCAGUGGUCCAAGCUGCAGGUAUUCGAUGCCCGUGACUGCACCACGGCCCACGGGAUGUUCAACUACAUCUGUAACCACGUCAAGUAUGCCACCAACAAAGGGAACCUCAGGUCCGCCAUCACCAUAUUCCCCCAGAGGACAGACGGCAAGCACGACUUCCGAGUCUGGAACUCCCAGCUCAUCCGCUACGCUGGCUACAAGCAGCCCGACGGCUCCACCCUGGGGGACCCAGCCAAUGUGCAGUUCACAGAGAUAUGCAUACAGCAGGGCUGGAAACCGCCUAGAGGCCGCUUCGAUGUCCUGCCGCUCCUGCUUCAGGCCAACGGCAAUGACCCUGAGCUCUUCCAGAUUCCUCCAGAGCUGGUGUUGGAAGUUCCCAUCAGGCACCCCAAGUUUGAGUGGUUCAAGGACCUGGGGCUGAAGUGGUACGGCCUCCCCGCCGUGUCCAACAUGCUCCUAGAGAUUGGCGGCCUGGAGUUCAGCGCCUGUCCCUUCAGUGGCUGGUACAUGGGCACAGAGAUUGGUGUCCGCGACUACUGUGACAACUCCCGCUACAAUAUCCUGGAGGAAGUGGCCAAGAAGAUGAACUUAGACAUGAGGAAGAUGUCCUCCCUGUGGAAGGACCAGGCGCUGGUGGAGAUCAAUAUCGCGGUUCUCUACAGCUUCCAGAGUGACAAAGUGACCAUUGUUGACCAUCACUCCGCCACCGAGUCCUUCAUUAAGCACAUGGAGAAUGAGUACCGCUGCCGGGGGGGCUGCCCUGCCGACUGGGUGUGGAUCGUGCCCCCCAUGUCCGGAAGCAUCACCCCUGUGUUCCACCAGGAGAUGCUCAACUACCGGCUCACCCCCUCCUUCGAAUACCAGCCUGAUCCCUGGAACACGCAUGUCUGGAAAGGCACCAACGGGACCCCCACAAAGCGGCGAGCCAUCGGCUUCAAGAAGCUAGCAGAAGCUGUCAAGUUCUCGGCCAAGCUGAUGGGGCAGGCUAUGGCCAAGAGGGUCAAAGCGACCAUCCUCUAUGCCACAGAGACAGGCAAAUCGCAAGCUUAUGCCAAGACCUUGUGUGAGAUCUUCAAACACGCCUUUGAUGCCAAGGUGAUGUCCAUGGAAGAAUAUGACAUCGUGCACCUGGAACAUGAAACUCUGGUCCUCGUGGUCACCAGCACCUUUGGCAAUGGAGAUCCCCCUGAGAAUGGGGAGAAAUUCGGCUGUGCUUUGAUGGAAAUGAGGCACCCCAACUCUGUGCAGGAAGAAAGGAAGUACCCGGAACCCUUGCGUUUCUUUCCCCGUAAAGGGCCUCCCCUCCCCAAUGGUGACACAGAAGUCCACGGUCUGGCUGCAGCCCGUGACAGCCAGCACAGGAGCUACAAGGUCCGAUUCAACAGCGUCUCCUCCUACUCUGACUCCCAAAAAUCAUCAGGCGAUGGGCCCGACCUCAGAGACAACUUUGAGAGUGCUGGACCCCUGGCCAAUGUGAGGUUCUCAGUUUUUGGCCUCGGCUCACGAGCAUACCCUCACUUUUGUGCCUUCGGACACGCUGUGGACACCCUCCUGGAAGAACUGGGAGGGGAGAGGAUCCUGAAGAUGAGGGAAGGGGAUGAGCUCUGUGGGCAGGAAGAGGCUUUCAGGACCUGGGCCAAGAAGGUCUUCAAGGCAGCCUGUGAUGUCUUCUGUGUGGGAGAUGAUGUCAACAUUGAAAAGGCCAACAAUUCCCUCAUCAGCAAUGAUCGCAGCUGGAAGAGAAACAAGUUCCGCCUCACCUUUGUGGCCGAAGCUCCAGAACUCACACAAGGUCUAUCCAAUGUCCACAAAAAGCGAGUCUCAGCUGCCCGGCUCCUUAGCCGUCAAAACCUCCAGAGUCCUAAAUCCAGUCGGUCAACUAUCUUCGUGCGUCUCCACACCAACGGGAACCAGGAGCUGCAGUACCAGCCUGGGGACCACCUGGGUGUCUUCCCUGGCAACCACGAGGACCUCGUGAAUGCCCUGAUCGAGCGGCUGGAGGACGCGCCCCCUGUCAACCAGAUGGUGAAAGUGGAACUGCUGGAGGAGCGGAACACGGCUUUAGGUGUCAUCAGUAACUGGACAGACGAGCUCCGCCUCCCGCCCUGCACCAUCUUCCAGGCCUUCAAGUACUACCUGGACAUCACCACGCCACCAACGCCCCUGCAGCUGCAGCAGUUUGCCUCCCUAGCUACCAGCGAGAAGGAGAAGCAGCGUCUGCUGGUCCUCAGCAAGGGUUUGCAGGAGUACGAGGAAUGGAAAUGGGGCAAGAACCCCACCAUCGUGGAGGUGCUGGAGGAAUUCCCAUCUAUCCAGAUGCCGGCCACCCUGCUCCUGACCCAGCUGUCCCUGCUGCAGCCCCGCUACUAUUCCAUCAGCUCCUCCCCAGACAUGUACCCUGAUGAAGUGCACCUCACUGUGGCCAUCGUUUCCUACCGCACUCGAGAUGGAGAAGGACCAAUUCACCACGGCGUAUGCUCCUCCUGGCUCAACCGGAUACAGGCUGACGAACUGGUCCCCUGUUUCGUGAGAGGAGCACCCAGCUUCCACCUGCCCCGGAACCCCCAAGUCCCCUGCAUCCUCGUUGGACCAGGCACCGGCAUUGCCCCUUUCCGAAGCUUCUGGCAACAGCGGCAAUUUGAUAUCCAACACAAAGGAAUGAACCCCUGCCCCAUGGUCCUGGUCUUCGGGUGCCGGCAAUCCAAGAUAGAUCAUAUCUACAGGGAAGAGACCCUGCAGGCCAAGAACAAGGGGGUCUUCAGAGAGCUGUACACGGCUUACUCCCGGGAGCCAGACAAACCAAAGAAGUAUGUGCAGGACAUCCUGCAGGAGCAGCUGGCGGAGUCUGUGUACCGAGCCCUGAAGGAGCAAGGGGGCCACAUAUACGUCUGUGGGGACGUCACCAUGGCUGCUGAUGUCCUCAAAGCCAUCCAGCGCAUCAUGACCCAGCAGGGGAAGCUCUCGGCAGAGGACGCCGGCGUAUUCAUCAGCCGGAUGAGGGAUGACAACCGAUACCAUGAGGAUAUUUUUGGAGUCACCCUGCGAACGUACGAAGUGACCAACCGCCUUAGAUCUGAGUCCAUUGCCUUCAUUGAAGAGAGCAAAAAAGACACCGAUGAGGUUUUCAGCUCCUAACUGGACCCUCUUGCCCAGCCGGCUGCAAGUUUUGUAAGCGCGGACAGACACUGCUGAACCUUUCCUCUGGGACCCCCUGUGGCCCUCGCUCUGCCUCCUGUCCUUGUCGCUGUGCCCUGGUUUCCCUCCUCGGGCUUCUCGCCCCUCAGUGGUUUCCUCGGCCCUCCUGGGUUUACUCCUUGAGUUUUCCUGCUGCGAUGCAAUGCUUUUCUAAUCUGCAGUGGCUCUUACAAAACUCUGUUCCCACUCCCUCUCUUGCCGACAAGGGCAACUCACGGGUGCAUGAAACCACUGGAACAUGGCCGUCGCUGUGGGGGUUUUUUUCUCUGGGGUUUCCCUGGAAAGGCUGCAGGAACUAGGCACAAGCUCUCUGAGCCAGUCCCUCAGCCACUGAAGUCCCCCUUUCUCCUUUUUUAUGAUGACAUUUUGGUUGUGCGUGUGUGUGUGUGUGUGUGUGUGUGUGUGUGUGUGUGAUGGGCCAGGUCUCUGUCCGUCCUCUUCCCUGCACAAGUGUGUCGAUCUUAGAUUGCCACUGCUUUCGUUGAAGACCCUCAAUGCCAAGAAACGUGUCCCUGGCCCAUAUUAAUCCCUCGUGUGUCCAUAAUUAGGGUCCACGCCCAUGUACCUGAAACAUUUGGAAGCCCCAUAAUUGUUCUAGUUAGAAAGGGUUCAGGGCAUGGGGAGAGGAGUGGGAAAUUGAUUAAAGGGGCUGUCUCCCAAUGAAAGAGGCAUUCCCAGAAUUUGCUGCAUUUAGAUUUUGAUACCAGUGAGCAGAGCCCUCAUGUGACAUGAACCCAUCCAAUGGAUUGUGCAAAUCCCCUCCCCAAACCCACCCAUACCAGCUAGAAUCACUUGACUUUGCCACAUCCAUUGACUGCCCCCCCUCCUCCAGCAAUAGCAUCCAAGGGGCCUGGAAGUUAUGUUGUUCAAAGAAGCCUGGUGGCAAUAAGGAUCUUCCCACUUUGCCACUGGAUGACUUUGGAUGGGUCACUUGUCCUCAGUUUUUCCUAGUCAUAAUGUCAUACGAACCUAAAGAAUAUGAAUGGAUUAAAUGUUAAAGCUUUGGUGCCUGGAAACAAUAUCAAGUAACAAUAUGAUUAUUAUUUUUUUAUUCCCCCAAAGCGGGCUUGCUGCUUCACCCUUGGGGAUGAAAUAAUGGAAGCUGGUUAAAGUGGAUGAGGUUGGAAAGAGUUGCCAUAAUGAGGUCCCACAUGGCUUCUUCGAUAGGAACCACAACUUGGGGUGGGAAGAACUUGUCCCUCAGGCUUGUUGCCCUCUGCGGUUGAUCUCCAAAGUUUUAAACCUGUUAAAGUAAUUUUGACAAAUAAGUUACCCUCAACUCAGAUCAAAAAUGGGCAGCCAAGUCUUCGGUAGGAAUUGGAGCCGGUGUAAUUCCUCCCUAAGAGGCAACCUGUUGAAUUUACUCUCUCAGAGUAAAUGGUGGGAAGGGAUCCCUUUGUAUACUUUUUUAAAUACUACAAAUUAGUGUCAGGCAGUUCCCAGAAAGAGACAAGAAAUCCUAGUGGCCUCCCAGACUGCAGGGUCCCCAAGGAUGGAAAGGGAAUGUUCUGCUGGUUCUACCCUGUUUGUUGUGUCUUGCUAUACAGAAAAACCACAUUUCUUUUAUAUACUGUACGUGGGCAUAUCUUGUUGUUCAGUUUGGGUGUCUGCUAAAGAGGAAGUGCACUGGCCCUCUUUGAAAGGGCUUUACAGUGGGGGCACCAAGACCCCAAAGGGCCCAGGCCAGGAGACUGUUAAAGUGAAAAGGCAAUCUAUGACUCACCUUGCUCUACCAUCCCUGGCAGCCCCCACCGGUGUCCUGUUCCUGCCACAUGGAGCUUGACUUCAUGCCAGCUAUAAUCUCCCCUGCCUUCCUUUAAUCCCAAUUUCCCCUGCUCACUCUUCCACAGAUAUAAAGAACAAACACUUAGCAUCCCACACUCACCCCUUCUAAUCCUGAAGGGAAGCCCAUUCUAAACUCCUUUCCUGCAAACCCAUUUCCAGCUCCUAGUAGCUUUCCUCCCAAAGGCUUUCUUUCCAAUCCUUUAUAGCUUUGGAGACGCCUCCCCAAUUCCCCAGGGAAGGAAACUGUUGUGUCCAAUCCCCAUUAAAGACAAAUUGAUCAGUGCUUCCCACUCCAAGUCAAGCUUUAUGCAGGAAUGCUUUUCCAUCAGGGAAUAAAUACUUAGAAGAGCUUACAAGGUGCCAGGCACCUCCUUUCUGCAUGUGCCUGCCUUUCUAGUAGCAGACAGAUGGAAACAUUGUCUCAUUUUGUCAAGGAGUCCAAAGAAAUGAUUAUAAAACCAGGAUUCAUCCUUCUUCUCCAGAAAGAUUUUUUUUUAAGUAAACACCUUUCAAUCCCCAACACAAGCUGCUUCACAACUCCAGGCUAGAAGGCAGGAGAGCGAUCUGAUGUGUUUCUUUCAUUUGCCAGAAUUCCUGAUACCAAAAGCCUAUCUCUCUGUUGAGUAACCUCUCGAGGACCAGAGUGGAGUCCAGAUUGUUAGGCUCAGAUCAAGGGUGGGGAAAUACUGCCCUCUCGUGGUGGCUUUUCAUCCAGGCCUCGUAGCCAACCGUAAGUGCAAAAUAGAAUUAAGCAAUGGGUAAGCAAAAUAGGGUUGACAAGAUAUUUGGGGGUUAUUCGGGUAAUGGCCCAUUUAUUUCCCUCUUCCCCCUGAAUUGACCAGUAGCAGCUCCAGCCCCAUUUCACAAAAGUGAGUUUGGCCAGGAGGAAUGAGACGUCUCCUGAAAUAGGAACACCGGAACAUCAUGCUCACCUGCCAUCACUAUGCAUCCAGUUCCCACAGCUUGUGUCGUGAAAGAGCAGAGAGAUGAUGUUAAACUCCUUGGGAGGAGAGAGGGCUUCUUUUGGUUUCCCUGGAGUGAGACAGCCAGGUGUCUUUCUUUUGCGGGGGGACACUUCAGACCCAUCAAUAUGGAAUUUUGGGAGCCGACCUGAGUGCAAAUCCUAAUUCUGCCCCUGUUGGUGCAGAUGGCUGUGGGCGGCUCACUUGACCUUUUAGAGUCUGCAUACCCACCUGUAUAACAAGGUGGAUUGAAUGAGACAAUGCCCACGAAAUGCCCAGUUACAGUACCUGGUUCAAAACUUACUGCAUUUUAAUUUUUCACUUAACUUAUAACAUGUCUUGCUUCUCCAGUGUGUGGAAGGCACCGGGCAGUUUGCAGAGAUAAGCAAAACACAGUUCCUCUCGUGCAGAAGGUUAGAAUCUAUUUUUUUUUUUUUUUUUUUUUUGACAGAGUCUUGCUCUGUCACCCAGGCUGGCGUACAGUGGUACAAUCUCAGCUCACUGCAUCCUCUGCCUCCCCCAGUUCAAGUGAUUCUUCUGCCUCGGCCUCCUGAGUAACUGGGACUACAGGCGCCUACCACCACGCCCAGCUAAGUUUUGUAUUUUUAGUAGAGUCAGGGUUUCACCAUGUUGGCCAGGCUGGUCUUGAAUUCCUGACCUCAAAUGAUCCACGCACCUCAGCCUCCCAAAGUGCUGGGAUUACAGGCAUGAGCCACCACGCCCAGCCAAAGGUUAUAAUCUGAUGGAGAGAGACACCAUUUAUGUCAGUCUUGGAACUGACAUAAAUUUCUGGGGUUUGAGAAAUGGGCGGGAUUUCACUGGUAGCUUCUGGAAGGUAAGAGUUGUCCAGGAAUUGGGAAGAGUGAGAGGAAAGGCACGGACAGGGAGCAUGUAAGAUAAAUUGAGGCUGGCUUUGGAAGGCUGAGGAGGGUGAGAAAAGGUGGGCUGGGACCAGACCGUGGGGAGAGGUGAGUGGCAUUACAAGAAAUUUAGGCUUUAUUCAGAAGGCAACAGGGAGUCCCUAAGAAUGUUUUUCAAAAGGGACAUUAAGGCGAUUGGAGUUAUACUUGGAAAAGAAAGUUCUGGCCACAGUACAGAGCAUGGCCCGUUGAGCUGUUGGGGGGUUAUUGCUGCAACCAAGGCUUGAGUGAGGGAAGAGGCAGAUGUAGUGAUAAAGAGACUCCAGGAACUGAAUCAGCGUACCUGGUACCCCAUCCAUUGUAGAGGGUGAGAAUAAAGGAGAAAUUAAAGCAUCUUGCAGGCUGGGCGCGGUAGCUCAUGUCUGUAAUCCCAGCACUUUGGGAGGCCGAGGUGGGUGUAUCAGUUGAGGUCAGGAGUUGGAGACCAGUCAGCCAGUUAGUAGAAACCCUGACUCUACUAAGAAAAUACAAAAAUUAGCUGGGCAUGGUGGCAUGCACCUGUAGUCUCAGCUACCUGGGAGGCUGAGGAAGGAGGAUCGCUUGAGCCCAGGAGGUAGAGGCUGCAGUGAGCCAAGAUUGUACCACUGCACUCCAGCCUGGGUGACAGAGCAAGACUCUUAUCUCAAAAAAAAUAAAAUAAAAUAAAAUAAAAUAAAAUAAAAUAAAA